CAGUGACCCUGUCCUCUUAAUACGACGCCGUAGCACCAUUUUCCCCAUAUAUAUUCCCGGUUUAAUCUAUUGAGCAAUAACUACGUUUCUCCAUUCUUUCUCCUCUCUCCAAAACUACAACAACAAGAAGAAGAAUUAAUAAGGCAAGAAUCGGGAUUUUGUUCUUUUCAUACCGAAUUAAACGGAGAUGGCAGGUCUGGUGGCGGUACAGGUACCCAACUCGCCGAUAUUUUCAUCGCCGAGAAUCCCUUCCAUCUUUUGCAAGCCAUGUUCGUCGCCUACAAUCCAUGGCUCACAAUCGCCUACGUCUUUAUCAUUACCAUCGUCAUCUUCUUCCGCUUCUCUGGCUCUGAAAUCGCCUCUGGCUCUGAAAUCGCCUCUGGCUCUGAAAUCGCCUCUGGCUCUGAAAUCGCCUUUGGCGAUUCGGGUUAAUGAGAAAAGGUUGGAAACGAAUUCAGGUACGGUGUUGAAGAGGAAGAGGCCGGGAAAGAUUGCUAUUCCGGUGGUGGCUGGGGGAGUUUGUGGAUUUGGUUUAGAGACGCCGAGAAGAGAGGAGGAAAAGGUUGAGGUUAUGGAGGUCGAAGGAGAUGGAUAUUCGGUUUAUUGUAAACGAGGGAGGAGAAGGCUCAUGGAGGAUCGAUACUCUGCUUCCGUUGAUGUUAACGGAGAUUCUAAACAGGCUUUCUUCGGUGUUUUUGAUGGGCAUGGAGGGGCAAAAGCUGCAGAAUUCGCCUCCAAGAAUUUGGAGAAGAACAUAAUGGCAGAGUUAUCAAGCAGAUGCGAAGAGAAAAUGGGAAUAGAAACGGCAAUUAGAAAUGGCUACUUGACCACAGACAGAGAGUUCCUAAAGCAAAACGUUGGUGGUGGUGCUUGUUGUGUCACCGCAAUGAUUCACAAUGGCGACCUUGCGGUUUCAAAUGUCGGUGACUGCCGGGCUGUUAUGAGUCGCGGAGGAGUCGCACAAGCUCUCACCUCCGAUCACCAUCCUUCCAGGGAAGACGAAAGAGAAAGAAUUGAAGCCUUGGGUGGUUAUGUAGAUUGCUGCCAUGGAGUUUGGAGAAUACAAGGAUCUCUUGCUGUUACUAGAGGAAUUGGAGAUCGAAAUCUGAAACAAUGGGUGAUAUCAGAACCAGAAACACAAGUUUUAAAGAUCAAGCCUGAGUUCGAAUUCUUGAUCUUAGCUUCUGACGGCCUCUGGGACAAGGUUACUAAUCAGGAGGCAGUUGAUCUUGUUCGCCCAUUAUGCAUAGGUGUUGACAAGCCAGAGCUAUUCUCUGCCUGUAAAAAGCUGAGUGAAUUAGCAUCAAGGAGAGGCUCCAUUGAUGAUACAAGUGCGAUGAUAAUCCAGUUGGCUAGUUUCACUCCCUGAUUUUUAAACUUCUGGUCUCCUGCAAGUGUUUUUUUUUUUUUUCCUCCUCCUUUUGGGCUGCUAAAGAAGCCUGGCAGGUAGCUGAUUUGAAAUCUUACCGUCAUCGUCUAGUUGGCUGUUGGCGGCGGCGGGAGUGGUGGUUGUAGGUGGUGAUGGUGGGGAGAAAGAAAGAUGCUAUUCCCUCUGUUUCAAUUGCUUCUGACCUAAUGUAUAUAGACUAAAGUUGAAAGCAUAUAUGCCAAAAAUAAAUAUAACAUUAUUCAUUUUAUAUAAAGAAUAUUUCAUUUUUCUUUGUUGAUUGUA